GAAUAGAAUACUACUUCUGUUAUAUUUCCAGUUGACACAUACACUCGACAAUCAUGAGCAUCUUGGGCCCCUUGCGCGUCCUACUAAUUGUCAAGCUCUGUUUGGCGGCCGCGCCAUACCGAAGAAACGGAGUCUCCGACCCGGACCGUCUUUGGCCUAACGGCAUCAUUCCGUAUGUUUUCGACGAGGAGAUUGACGCCUACAGGAAGGUGCAUGUCCUGGCCGGGAUGAAGCAAAUCAUGCUGAGCACUUUUAGCAACCACAAGCAGUGCAUCUACUUUGUACCGAGGACUACGGAGGCCGAUUACAUUCAUAUUCAGUUCUCCGGCAAGGACAGUGGGACCAGCCAGGUUGGUCGCGCUCAUGGGCAGCAGUUUAUAACCAUCCACAAAGAUAUUACACAGGAUUCAAUCGUGAUGGCGCUGAUGGUAUCGAUAGGAGUCUUCCCAGCGUUAGCGAGAGCGGAUAGAGACUCGUACCUGACAAUUAACUUGAGCAACGUCGACCCCGCUGAACAGAAAAACUUUAAUAUUCCACCGAAUACCAAUACAUUCAACUUGCCAUUUGACUAUCAGUCGUCGGUCAUGUAUCUACCAUAUUUUUCGGCUGUUGAUAAGUCCGUCCCAACGAUAACGACGAAGGCAGGUGGCUUCACCAUUGGCCAGACGGUUUCAAUGAGCAUUGGAGAUGUGAAACUCAUACAGAGUAUGUACCACUGCGCCGUUGAUACAACUCAUCGAGUUGAUCUCUUAGGGCCGUUUGCAUUCGAGUGCCACUUCCAUCAAGAUUUCUGUCAGUUCACCCAGGACACGACCGAUAAUUUCGACUGGGCUAUUCAGACUGGACCGUCAUCUACACCAGGAACCGGUCCGAAAGCCGAUCAUAGCUCUGGCUCUGGAAGCUACGCGCUUGUCCAAUCCAUAAACCAUCACGGUCAAACUGCAAAACUGAUCACACCGACGAUGCCCGCCGGCACUUACUGUAUCGCCAUCUGGGUAUACGCCUUUGGUGCUGAUGUGGGCGCUCUCUCGUUGACGCUCAGAGAAGGGGGAAACGAAGCUACCAUCCAGGCCGUGACGGUACAACCUGUUAGUCAAUGGUACCAUACGAACGGUGCAUUCCAAUCAGCUGGAAAUGCAGUUGUGGUCAUCGAGGCCACAAUGGGUAACGGCGACCAAGGAGACAUAGCAAUCGAUGACGUUUACAUCUACAAAGGCAGAUGUAUUGAUUGGUAUUAAUUGUACCCACAAAAAAAUACCCCGAGCAUAAAAGUAUGACACA